AUGUGUUAGUCAACACUUUGAUCACAAGUGGAGACACUUUUGUUAACUCAACUAAUUGUGAAUUUUUCAAAUUCACCAAAAAGUGCUGCAAAAAAGCCCUUCGUUUACAUCAUCUACGGAUCAGAUCGUAACCGCUGCUGAAGAAUAUGUGAUUCUAUGACUGCCAUAUCAUCUCAAACCAGAUCUGAAGAUUGAUUUUGCAUCAAAAUAAUUACUUAAGUGUUUGCAAAUUGCAAUCCAUUGAAACAGUCCCUAAGUGUGCAAAGAGAGUGAGAUGUCGAUCGAUGUCUACGAAUCCAGUCUUAAGACUAAUCCGCAGAUAUUCCGUCUGCGGACCCAAUCGACCGUCGAUGACGGGCCCGUCUUCUCACGGGAGGGCAAUAUCCCGAAAGAGGGCGGACAGGCGAAGGGCAAAGUGAUCGCCGUCUUCACCAGCGGCGGUGAUUCUCAAGGUAUGAAUGCGGCGGUUCGGGCGGUCGUGCGGAUGGGUCUGUAUUUGGGAUGUCGUGUGUAUUUCAUUAAAGAGGGCUAUCAGGGGAUGGUUGACGGCGGCGACCAUAUAAUCGAGGCCUCGUGGGUAUCCGUUUCGGGAAUUAUACAUCAGGGCGGAACAGUUAUCGGUAGCGCGCGUUGCGCUGACUUCCGCGACCGCGCCGGUCGUCUGAAGGCUGCUCUCAAUCUCAUUGAACACGAUAUAACAAAUCUGGUUGUGAUCGGCGGUGACGGCAGUCUCACCGGCGCUAAUCUCUUUCGCCAGGAAUGGUCAUCACUUUUGGACGAGUUAUUGACCACAGCAAAAAUUACUGCCGAGAAGAAGGAGUUGUGCAGCCAUUUGCAUAUCGUAGGAAUGGUGGGCUCUAUUGACAAUGACUUCUGCGGCACUGACAUGACAAUUGGCACCGAUUCAGCUCUACAUCGAAUUAUUGAAUCCAUCGACGCUAUUGUUACCACCGCUUCCAGCCAUCAGCGAACGUUUAUUCUGGAGGUUAUGGGCAGACAUUGUGGGUAUUUGGCAUUAGUUGCAGCGCUGGCCAGUGAAGCGGACUUUGUGUUUAUACCGGAGUGGCCGCCAGAAGUUGAGUGGCCAUUGAGAUUGUGUAAAAAAAUAGAACAGGAGAGACGUAUGGGAAAGCGUCUAAACAUCAUAAUCGUGGCCGAAGGGGCCAUCGAUCGCGAGGGCAAAGAGAGACGUAUGGGAAAGCGUCUAAACAUCAUAAUCGUGGCCGAAGGGGCCAUCGAUCGCGAGGGCAAAGUAGUGACGGCCGAAAUGGUUAAGGAUGUGAUCGUUAAGAGCACGGGUCAGGACACGAGAAUCACUGUUUUGGGUCACGUGCAGAGAGGCGGCUCUCCCAGCGCUUUCGAUCGCAUAUUAGGUUGUCGUAUGGGCGCCGAAGCCGUGCUCGCGCUCUUAGAGGCCACACCCGAGUCCGAGGCCUGUGUUGUGUCAUUGGAUGGCAAUCAAGCUGUUAGAGUGCCUCUAAUGCAAUGCGUCGAAAAAACCAAAUCGGUGGCGGCGGCCAUGAAAGAGACCAAAUGGGAACAGGCGGUCAAACUGAGGGGCCGUAGCUUUGAGCGCAAUUUGGAGACAUACAAGAUGUUGACUCGAAUCAGACCACCGAAAUCGGUGAGCGAUGAACACAGUUCUGGUGGUUAUAGGCUGGCGGUGAUGCACGCGGGCGCCCCCUGUUGUGGUAUGAAUGCCGCCGUUCGCUCGUUUGUCCGCAAUGUCAUCUUCAGGGGCGACACUGCUGAGUUUGAACUCGAGUUAAUCCUUUUGGAGACUGAAGUUGAGCUCAAACUCGAGAUUCUAUUCAAAAAGAGUUUUGAACUGGAUCUCGAAAAGUUGAAUCUCACAAUUGCGAAUAUCAAUAGCGCAAACUCUAUCAAACAUCUGUUUACAUGA